AACAGCAUGCUAGCGUUCUAAAUAGUAUGUAAAAAUUAGUGCACUCCCUUCAGAAGCCCCGUCAGUAGUGUAGUAUGAAUAGUACGGAUAGUAUGCAGUUUUGGACGCAGCCUAAACGAUACACGUCGCAGUGCCGGAUGUGACGUUCUGACCCCCACACAGCUACGCAGAGCGGGAAACUCGAGAGGAGUAAACAGAGAAAGACCGGCGAAGUUUGUUUUCUGAUCGUAUUUGGAUUAAAGAUGAGCAAAAAGGACUCUGGAUGUGCUGACAUUAUCCUCACCUACUUGAAUGAGAAGAACCGACCCUACAGUGCCCAGGAUGUGUUUGGUAACCUGCAGAAACAGCAUGGCCUUGGCAAAACGGCUGUGGUGAAAGCCAUGGAGCAGCUGGCCCAGGAGGGUAAGAUCAGAGAGAAGGUCUACGGCAAGCAGAAGAUCUACUUUGCUGAUCAGUCUCAGUUUGCUGAUGUAAGUGAUGCUGAUCUGAAGGAGAUGGACCGUCGCAUCACAGAACUCAGCAGCCAAGUGCAGACAGUCUCCCAGGACUGCAGGCAGCUUGAUGCAGAGCUGAAAGAGCUGAACAGCUCGUUGACCACAGCAGAGAUGACAUCACAGAUCCAGGAGCUGAAAGCUGAGUGUGAAGGCUACAAAGAACGUCUAAACAAAAUCAAAUCAGCUACAAAUCACGUCACCCCUGCAGAGAGGGAAAAGGUUUACAAGGAGAGAUGCCUGUUUGUGAAAGAGUGGAAGAAACGAAAGAGACUGGCGUCUGAUAUGAUGGGAGCCAUUCUUGAGGGUUACCCAAAGAGCAAGAAGCAGUUUCUGGAGGAGGUUGGGGUUGAAACCGAUGAGGACCAUAAAGUGGCCAUUCCUAACAUCUGAUGCUGAAUGCUGUUUUGACUGGGUAACCAUGGACACCGGUUGCCAGGGCACCACCAGGACAGUAAGACGUGAGGCACCCAGGACAGCGAAGCGUUUACUGAGCAGGUCUGUCCACACCGUGAUGGGCCACCACACUGAAAAAGUACUGCACUGAACUUGAUUCAAAUGUGUAAAUAAUUUCACAUGCAAAGGUUUGGAGUUUGUUUUGUUGAUUUUUCCAGUCAGCAUCCUCUACUGGGAACACACUUGUGUACAUUUUAAUGCAUGAUUACUGUUUAUUUGUAUUUAACAUUAAAAA